AUGGAUAUUCACGGCCGGACCGCCCUAUCCUAUGCAGUGCUGCAGGGACAUGAGGAGGUGUUUCGAAUACUCAAAGCAAGAGGGGCCCAUAUGGAAUCAAAAGAUGAUGAAGGGCGAACUCCGUUAUUUUACGCAAUUUGGGGUGGACAUGAGACUAUGGUAAAGCUCCUUCUGGAUGAGGGUAUCGAUGCAAAUUGCGAAGACAACGGCAAACAAACACCCCUUUUCCAUGCCAUACAACACACCUUUGAGGGAUUGUUUGAGACAAAUAAGAGAGUCAAAAUCGUGAAGUUGCUAUUAUCGAAAGACGUCGAUCUCUCUCGCAAGGACAAAACCGGCCAAGUUCCCCUAUCAUAUGCAGUGCAAGGCGGCAACAAGGCUUUGGUAAAACUACUCCUUGAAGAAGGUGCCAAUAUAGAAUUUGAGAAUGAUAGAGGCGAGACUGCACUGUCAAAUGCAGUGACACGUGGGCAUGAGGACGUCGUCAAGCUUUUGUUGGGAUGGCACGCUAACCCAAGAUGCAAAGAUUAUGAUGGCCAGACCCCACUGUCAGCCUCAGCAAGACGUGGAAAUGAGUCUAUGGUGCGAAUUGUUCUAGAGGGUCUUAUAUUCGAAAGCCGUCCUAAAUGCAUUUGCGUUUAA